AUCUUCUUCUUCUGCGUUUCCUUUACGGCUUACUCACAACAAACAUAGCGGCUCUCAGAUACAUAAACGCUUCAGACAGUCGGAUAUUUGGAGAAACCCGAGAGGUCACAGUUAGUUUUGCAGUAUGUGGAAAUAAAUGAAGCUUAACAUUUCCCCAUAACGCGAGGUGACGUAAGGAAUUAGCGGCCGGUAGCUAACUGUAACUUGUCGAGCUCGUGAGCCAAACUUAACUGCUCAUGCUAACACAACCAGCUGAACUUGGAGGACCUGACUGGAGGUGCUGACUGGGUUUUAAAAGCAACGAAAAACACAGGUAACAGAACUGCACUUGUGAUGUAGUAAUUUCACUGACUGGCCGCUUGUCCAACUACCUUCUGAGGAGGGGUUUGAGAUCACUCUCCAGUCACAGCGAUGGAUGAGGACACCCCAACCCUGAAGCCCAGACGGAUCCAGAAUCAAAACGUGGUCCAUCGUCUUGAGAGGCGCAGGAUCUGUUCAGGCCGCCCCGGAGCUCACUGGUACAGAGUACGGUGCUUCCACCAGAACCUUUUCCCCAACUUUACUGUGGUCAAUGUGGAGAAGCCUCCCUGCUUCCUCAGGAAGUUCUCACCAGAUGGACGCUGUUUCAUCGCCUUCUCUUCUGACCAGACUUCUCUGGAGAUAUAUGAAUAUCAAGGCUGCCAGGCGGCUCAGGACCUGCUGAGAGGCCAAGAGGGUGAGACUCUUCUAACAGCCAAUGACCAGCGUUCUCUCAACAUCCGAGGCCGCCUGUUUGAGCGCUUUUUCUCCUUGCUCCAUGUCACUAACGUGGCCUCAAACGGAGAACACCUCAACCGGGAGUGCAGCCUUUUCACAGACGACUGCCGGUACGUCAUUGUUGGGUCAGCUGUGUAUGUCCCAGAGGAGCCGCCACCUUACUUCUUUGAGGUUUAUCGGAACAACGAAUCUGUGACUCCCAACCCUCGGUCUCCUCUGGAGGACUACUCCCUCCACAUUAUCGACCUCCACACCGGCAGGCUGUGUGACACCAGGUCCUUUAAGUGUGACAAGAUCAUCCUGUCCCACAACCAGGGCCUCUACCUCUACAGGAACAUCCUGGCUGUGCUGUCAGUUCAGCAGCAGACCAUACAUGUAUUUCAGGUCACUCCGGAGGGAACAUUUCUAGAUGUAAGGACUAUUGGGCGGUUCUGUUAUGAGGACGACCUCCUGACUCUUUCAGCAGUUUACACUGAAGCUCAGGCUGAGAGUCAGCCAGGCUUCCCUCGCCUUUACACUGACAAAACCAUCAACUCCCUCAAGCACAGGCUGCUGGUCUACCUCUGGAGGAGGGCCGAGCAGGACGGCAGCGCCACUGCCAAGAGGAGAUUCUUCCAGUUUUUUGAUCAGCUGAGGAGGUUGAGGAUGUGGAAGAUGCAGCUGUUGGAUGAGCAUCACCUCUUCAUUAAAUACACCAGCGAAGACGUGGUCACACUCAGAGUCACUGACCCCUCACAGCCGUCGUUUUUCGUUGUGUACAACAUGGUGUCUACAGAGGUGCUGGCUGUCUUCGAGAACACCUCUGACCAGCUGCUGGAGCUGUUUGAGAAUUUCUGUGACCUGUUCAGAAACGCCACGCUGCACAGCCAGGCCGUCCAGUUCCCCUGCUCUGCUUCGUCCAACAACUACGCCCGUCAGGUCCAGAGAAGGUUCAAGGACACCAUAGUAAAUGCCAAAUACGGCGGGCACACCGAGGCGGUACGUCGGCUGCUAGGUCAGCUCCCUAUCAGCGCUCAGUCCUACAGCAGCAGUCCUUACCUCGACCUCUCCCUCUUCAGUUAUGAUGACAAGUGGGUGUCGGUAAUGGAGAGGCCCAAGACCUGCGGAGAUCACCCCAUCAGGUUUUAUGCACGAGACUCCGGCCUGCUCAAGUUUAAAAUCCAGGCAGGCCUGCUGGGACGGCCAGUGAAUCACGCCGUGCGACGCCUGGUUGCCUUCACCUUCCACCCCUUCGAGCCCUUUGCCAUCUCUGUCCAGCGCACCAACGCAGAGUACGUGGUCAACUUCCACAUGAGGCAUGUCUGUGCGUGAGGAGCUUGUGCACGCGUGCAUCAAACUCAACCCACACUUGGAAUCAGAUUGCAGGAUCGUUGGGCUUUUGUCAGCAGCUCCUGGUGACAACACAACAAACAUGUCCGCUGUCAGGAGGCACAAAACAGCUUGUUCUGUUAGUCGCCCCUUCCCUCCUCCAGAGAAAUCAGCAGUCCCCUUCCUGCAUUCUCCCCCUGAUGGAAACCACUGUUCCUCGCCUCUUUUCCCCCUCCAUCACACAGUGGUCACUCCACUUCCGCCACUCCUCCCCCUUCGCGAGAAGGCAGCAAUUCUGCUUUUUCCUUUCGUCUGCACCGCUUCGCCUCCUCUUUCCCCCUUCCUCCACAGAACAAAGGGGGACCUGUAGGGAGGAGAGGCUGGAAUAAGUGUAAAUGGAGAUGUAGAGGGAGUGAUUGAUGUGCGACAGAGGUGGGAGCUGUAGGUAGCCGGACCUCUUAGAAGGAACCAAAGGUGUUUUCUUUUUCCUACCAUGCACUGAGAGGUGCACAUUCAUAUCAGAAUUGUUAUCCAGCUGUCCAACAAACUUUCUUUUUUCUCACAAGAACGGGAAAAGAGGUAAUUUUAUAUGAUAUUGUUUUUACACAUUUUUACAUAUUACCGUUUGUACAUAUUUUCUGUCAAUAAAAUUG